UCAGUAGGUGAUGCAUUCUGUGGGAUAGCGAGUUGUUCUUGUGAUAGUGAUUUUUAAAUUAAUAAUAUUUCCUUAAUUAAUAUUAAUCUCAUUCGAUAAAUAGCAAAACUUGAUUCGAUUAAAUGUUCUUUGGAGAUAUAUUUCUCUCAUGUACAGUACCAAGAUGGUAAAAUGUAGUUAUCAUCUAUCGUGCUAUGUAUUUUUAUGCAACUAAAUAAUAUACCUAAUUCAUUCGUAUCUUAUCUUCUCACCUAAGUACAAUUUUAUCACGUUUAUCUCUUGUGUUAGUGUAUUGAUUGCCAUCAAGACCUAGUUGGAUUUAGUCUAUUUAUUACAAGAAUGGAUACUCUAAGGUUUUAUUUCGUGACAUGGAAUGUGGCAACAAAAAAUCCAGGGCAGGAUUUGAAUGCCCUGUUAGAUUUUCCAUCGCAGUUCAACAAAAAUAAGCCAUUGCCAGAUUUUUAUGUGAUUGGCUUACAAGAAGUGAAGUCUCAGCCACAGAACAUGUUGAUGGACUCACUGUUCACUGAUGCGUGGCAGUCAUCCUUCAACAAGAUACUCUGUCGACAAGGCUAUAUUAUCGCCAAGUGCACCCGCCUCCAGGGGAUCUUACUCCUGGUGUACACUCAAAUGAAACAUGUGACACAUCUGAGGGAUAUUGAGGCGCAGUAUACUAAGACGGGAUUGGGAGGGAUGUGGGGCAACAAAGGCGCCGUUAGUAUAAGGUUCAACAUAUACGGAUGUUCGGUUUGCCUUGUUAAUUGUCACCUGACGGCACACGAGCACCUGUUGGCAGACCGCAUCAAUGAUUACAACACCAUCAUAAAACAACACCAGUACCAUGUCAGCGAGACCACCAACAUUUUGUAUCAUGACUACGUGAUAUGGAUGGGCGACCUAAACUUCCGUACCGACCACCCUACAGGCAGUAGUCCAACUCCAGAGGAGAUCGUCGCCACAUUACAGAAAAUUGAGAAGGACAAGUACGCGACGCUACUCAAACACGAUCAGCUGAUCGCUGUCAUGGACUCAGGCGAAGCAUUCUCUGAGUUUACGGAGCAAGAUAUACGGUUCCCGCCCACGUAUAAGUUUUCGAUCGGCAGUGAUGAGUAUGAUUUAAAGAGAAAACCAUCAUGGACGGACAGAAUAUUAUACAAAGUGAAUGCAAAUAACUAUGAGAAUGUCACAUUGAGGGCAGAAGUGGUGUCGUAUAACCACAUACCACACUACACAGUGAGUGACCACAAGCCCGUGGUCGCACUAGUACAUAUAAAGAUUCGCAACGGCUUCACUCGCUCCAUAGUAGCUGACACGCCUACUGUUGUCAAAGCAAGUGGUAUACGCAUGCGGUCUAUGAUGAUACCCCCUGAGGCGCUUGAAGGGGACCACAAUACCGAAGCUUUGCCUAAGAUGGCACCCUCCACUGUCUGUGACAGCGAGGUCGGUGACCUUUUGACAAGUGACGUUGUUAUUACUUCGCCUGAUUCGCCGCAUACUGAAGAGGCAUUCUCAAACUACACGGAGAAGACUGUUGAAUUCGCUCCCAUCUCAAGAAUUUGGUACAUCGGCGAUGCCGACUUCCGAACCCAAUGCACGCUGACGCCCGACAUCGAAGUAAACCCCAACGACUGGAUUGGCAUCUAUGAUGCAAACUUCCACAACCUCGACGACUACAUAGCAUACGAGUACUUGGCUAAGGUGAGCCUGCCUGAAGGUCCAACAGCUUCCGGUCAGCCUCGCACUAUUACCCUCAGCUUCCCAGUAGGCAGUGGCGUGCGGACACCCGGCUUCUACCGGUUCAUAUACUUCAGCCAGCCGAAUAACGAUGUUAGGAGUGUUCUUGGCAUCUCAGAACCAUUCGAAGUAAGCAGCAAAGAGGACAAACUUGUCACAUUUGCCCUAGACCCCGCCGAGCAGGCAUCCAGCAGUACUUCCCCCGGACGAUCGAAGCCCAGUACAGCGACAACAGACAUCUUCACAGACUUCACUGGUCUCGACGUGGCCAAGCUCUCGCGACACUUCUCAAACGACCUUAGUAUCGACUGACUAAGGACCUACCUGCCCGGCUCCCCGGCUAACGUGAGGAAGCAAAACGGUGUUUAGAAACAUUGAACUAUGUAGUUUAUUAAAUAUUCGUAUAGUUAUGUAUCUGUAUCUAUGUUAUAGUUGAAAAUGUAUGAGAAGGUUAAUGCUUGUUGUGGUUUUUGUUGUGUAUAAAAAUGUUAACUAACUGUAAAAUAUGGCAUUCGUUUUUGUUGCUUAUUAAAUAAAUUGUUUACUGACUUAGUAAAAUAAUGUACACUAUGAAAUACUUUAUGUUACAUUAAAUCACAAUUGCAAAUGUUAAAUACCAACUUUUAUCAAUUAUCCAUAAACAAGCUUUGACCCAACACCGCCAUCUAACGGCUCAAGCUGAUAGUUUCACUACAAGACAAGGCAAUUGCGAUUUUCUUGUAACAAAGUUCAAUGGUAUAAGUUAUAAAGGUAUUUAUCUAGCUUUAAGCAUAGCUAUAAUGGUGCGAAUGAACUUUAAGGUGAAGUUAAUUAGGCGAAUAUUGUCACAAAAGAAGUAUUAAGAAAUCAGUCUUAAUGCAUUGGUAUAAAGGCGAAGUUCGGUUGGCUAUAAAUGUAUUAAAUUACGUAACUAUCAAAAUUUGGAUCAAUGUAUUAAUUGUAUAUUAGUAUUCUUUGAAAUUAUACUAAAAUUGAUGUAAGGAAUAGAUAAUAAUGUGAUAAUUGUAAAGCAUUUGUUUAAAACUUGCAUUGUCUAGUCGCCGAUGUAGGUGAAAGAGCAUUUCAAUUUUGCUCUCUAAUAAAAGAAAAACUAUUGCACUUAAUUGCCAUGAUUGUUGUUCAAAAUAUUAAAUAUUGCAUUUUAUGGUAGUUGAAUAUAACCCAAUAAUAAUUAUUGCUUAAAUGUAAAAAUAGAGGGUAGUAUGUUUUUAGGAGUGGUUCAUUUCAGGCCUAUUAUACGAUAUUCAGGUGAAUUGAGAAAAUAUAAUUAGAUUAUGUUAGGAUUGGGUAUAUAUGUUUAUAAAAAAAAACAAAUCAAUAUUUAAUUGGAAUGGCACGGGAAUUAAAGAAUUCGGGAAAAUUUCGAGAUUUUGAAUAAAUUAAUUUUCAGUGAAAUACGUUUGCUUGCAUCAUAUUGUACUAUAAAUAUAUCCGUUAGAACUGAAAACUAUAAUAAUUAAUUUAAUUAUGCCUAAAUGUAAAUAAUAUAUUAUGUAAUCUUCGAGUUUGUAAUACCAACUGGCUGUUUGCGACCAAUUAUAAUACGUAUCAGGAAUUGAUAUAUAAAAGAAAUGAUGUAAAUAUCCUUUCGUUGAGUGAUUAUAUUAGUACAAUUUGUAAUUUUAUAGAGUUGUAAAUAGCGUUCAAUAUAUAAUCUUUUGUGUAAUUGUUAUUACCACCGGGCACCGACUAAUGUUAUACUAACAUAAUAUAAAUGCUACAUUUAACCUGUCAAUAAAAAAAAAUGGAGUUCCUAGUGACUAAUAUUUUCAAC